AUGAAAAUCGAAAAGGGAGGAUGCGGGGACCCCGGGGUCCCUGCCUACGGGAAGCGGACUGGCAGCAGCUUCCUGCACGGGGACACCCUCACUUUUGAGUGCCAGGCGGCCUUCGAGCUGGUGGGGGAGAGGGUCAUCACGUGCCAGCAGAACAACCAGUGGUCGGGGAACAAGCCCAGCUGUGUGUUCUCGUGUUUCUUCAACUUCACUGCGUCGUCGGGGAUCAUCCUGUCCCCCAAUUAUCCGGAGGAAUACGGCAACAACAUGAACUGCGUUUGGUUGAUCAUCUCGGAACCCGGGAGCAGGAUCCACCUCAUUUUCAACGAUUUUGACGUGGAGCCUCAGUUUGACUUCCUGGCGAUCAAAGACGAUGGGAUUGCUGACCUCACGGCCCUCGGCACCUUCUCGGGCCACGAGGUGCCCUCCCAGCUGGCCAGCAGCGGGCACAUCGUCCGCUUGGAAUUUCAGUCUGACCACUCCACCACCGGCAGGGGGUUCAACAUCACUUACACCACAUUUGGUCAGAAUGAGUGCCAUGAUCCUGGGAUUCCCAUAAAUGGGCGACGUUUUGGGGACAGAUUUCUACUUGGGAGUUCGGUUUCUUUCCACUGUGACGAUGGCUUUGUCAAAACCCAGGGGUCGGAGUCUAUCACCUGCACCCUGCAGGAUGGAAAUGUGGUCUGGAGCUCCACAGUCCCCCGCUGCGAAGCCCCGUGUGGUGGACACCUGACAGCUUCCAGUGGACUCAUUCUGCCUCCCGGAUGGCCAGGAUAUUAUAAAGAUUCUCUGAACUGUGAAUGGAUCAUCGAAGCCAAGCCCGGACACUCUAUCAAAAUAACUUUUGAUAGAUUCCAGACUGAAGUCAACUAUGACACGCUGGAAGUCCGAGAUGGGCCAGCCAGCUCGUCCCCGCUGAUCGGAGAGUACCAUGGCACGCAGGCCCCCCGGUUUCUGAUCAGCACUGGCCAUUUCAUGUAUCUCCUCUUCACCACAGACAACAGCCGCUCCAGCGUCGGCUUCCUCAUUCACUACGAGAGUGUGACUCUGGACUCGGACUCUUGCCUUGACCCAGGAAUCCCUGUGAAUGGGCAUCGGCACGGCAGUCAUUUUGGCAUCAGGUCUACGGUGACCUUCAGCUGUGACCCGGGGUACACACUGAGCGAUGAUGAGCCCCUGGUCUGCGAGAGGAACCAUCAGUGGAACCACGCCCUGCCCAGCUGUGACGCCCUCUGUGGAGGCUACAUCCAUGGGAAGAGUGGAACCGUCCUUUCCCCAGGGUUUCCGGAUUUUUACCCAAACUCGCUGAACUGUACUUGGACCAUUGAAGUGUCUCACGGGAAGGGAGUUCAGAUGAUAUUCCACACCUUCCACCUAGAAAGCUCCCACGACUAUUUACUGAUCACAGAGGACGGGAGUUUCACCGAGCCCGUGGCCAGACUCACUGGCUCUGUACUGCCUCACACUAUUAAGGCGGGUUUGUUUGGAAACUUCACUGCCCAGCUUCGGUUCAUCUCAGACUUUUCCAUUUCCUACGAGGGCUUCAACAUCACGUUCUCAGAAUACGACCUGGAGCCUUGCGAUGACCCUGGCGUCCCUGCCUUCAGCCGAAGAAUUGGUUUCCACUUUGGAGUCGGGGACUCUCUGACUUUUUCCUGCUUCCCGGGGUAUCGCUUAGAAGGUGCAACCAAGCUUACGUGCCUGGGUGGGGGCCGUCGUGUGUGGAGCGCGCCUCUGCCAAGGUGUGUGGCUGAAUGCGGAGCAAGUGUCAGAGGAAAUGAAGGAACAUUGUUGUCCCCAAAUUUCCCAUCAAAUUACGAUAAUAACCACGAGUGUAUCUAUAAGAUAGAAACAGAAGCUGGGAAGGGGAUCCAUCUCAGAGCACGGACCUUCCAGCUGUUUGAAGGAGACAUUCUGAAGGUGUAUGAUGGAAAAGACAGUUCAUCACGUCCGUUGGGGUCCUUCACUAAGAAUGAGCUCAUGGGGCUGGUCCUCAACAGCACUUCCAAUCACCUGUGGCUGGAAUUCAACACCAACGGCUCUGAAACCGACCAGGGUUUCCAGCUCACCUAUACGAGUUUUGACCUAGUAAAAUGUGAGGAUCCAGGAAUCCCUAACUAUGGCUAUAGGAUCCGAGAUGAAGGCCACUUUACUGACACUGUAGUUCUGUACAGCUGUAACCCAGGCUAUGCCAUGCAUGGCAGCAACAGUCUGACCUGCCUGAGUGGCGACCGGAGAGUGUGGGACAAGCCCCUGCCUUCCUGUGUAGCGGAGUGUGGUGGUCAUAUCCAUGCUGCCACGUCAGGGCGCAUCCUGUCUCCCGGCUACCCUGCUCCCUAUGACAACAACCUGCAUUGUACCUGGACCAUCGAGGCCGACCCAGGAAAGACCAUCAGCCUGCACUUCAUCGUGUUCGACACCGAGACGGCCCAUGACAUCCUGAAGGUCUGGGACGGCCCCGUGGACAGUGACGUCCUGCUGAAGGAGUGGAGCGGCUCCAUGCUCCCCGAGGACAUCCACAGUACCUUCAGCUCGCUCACCCUGCAGUUCGACAGCGACUUCUUCAUCAGCAAGUCUGGCUUCUCCGUUCAGUUCUCAACGUCCAUCGCGUCCACCUGCAAUGACCCGGGCCUGCCUCAGAACGGCACCCGCUACGGGGACGGUAGAGAGCCGGGGGACACCGUCACCUUCCAGUGCGACCCCGGAUAUCAGCUGCAAGGACAAGCUGAAAUCACCUGUGUGCAGCUGAACGACCGGUUCUUCUGGCGGCCAGACCCUCCCGCGUGCACAGCUGCGUGUGGAGGGAACCUGACGGGCCCAGCGGGUGUCAUUCUGUCACCUAACUACCCGCAGCCAUAUCCUCCCGGGAAAGAAUGUGACUGGAGAAUAAAAGUGAAUCCAGACUUCGUCAUCGCCUUGAUAUUCAAAAGUUUCAACAUGGAGCCCAGUUAUGAUUUCCUACAUAUCUAUGAAGGAGAAGAUUCCAACAGACCUCUCCUUGGAAGUUUCCAGGGUUCUCAAGCCCCAGAAAGAAUAGAGAGUAGUGGAAAUAGUCUUUUUCUGGCUUUUCGGAGUGAUGCUUCCGUGGGCUUGUCGGGGUUUGCGAUUGAAUUUAAAGAGAAGCCCCGGGAAGCCUGUUUCGACCCUGGAAAUAUAAUGAAUGGGACACGCAUUGGCACGGACUUCAAGCUUGGCUCAACCGUGACCUACCAGUGUGACUCUGGCUACAAGAUUGUGGACCCCUCCUCCAUCACGUGUGUGAUCGGACCGGACGGAAAACCUGCCUGGAGUCAGGCCUUGCCUUCCUGCAACGCUCCCUGCGGAGGCCAGUACACGGGGUCCGAAGGGGUCGUUUUGUCACCAAACUACCCUCAUAAUUACACGGCCGGUCAAAUAUGCCUCUACUCCAUAACGGUGCCAAAGGAGUUUGUCGUAUUCGGACAGUUCGCCUAUUUCCAGACGGCGCUGAAUGAUUUGGCAGAAUUAUUUGAUGGGACACACCCACAGGCCAGACUUCUCAGCUCUCUCUCCGGGUCACAUUCAGGUGAAACAUUGCCAUUGGCGACAUCAAAUCAGAUUCUUCUCCGAUUCAGUGCAAAGAGCGGUUCAUCUGCCCGGGGUUUCCACUUUGUUUACCAAGCCGUCCCUCGAACCAGCGAUACCCAGUGCAGCUCUGUCCCUGAGCCCAGAUACGGACGGAGAAUUGGCUCCGAGUUCUCGGCCGGUUCGAUUGUUCGAUUCGAGUGCAACCCGGGGUACCUCCUUCAGGGCUCCACCGCCAUCCGCUGCCAGUCCGUGCCUAACGCGUUAGCUCAGUGGAACGACACAAUCCCGAGCUGCGUGGUCCCCUGCAGUGGCAAUUUCACUCAGCGCAGAGGUACAAUUUUAUCCCCCGGCUAUCCUGAACCAUAUGGUAACAACUUAAACUGUAUCUGGAAAAUCAUAGUUACGGAGGGAUCAGGAAUCCAGAUUCAAGUGAUCAGUUUUGCCACGGAGCAGAACUGGGACUCUCUGGAGAUUUACGACGGAGGGGACAUGACCGCGCCCAGGCUGGGAAGCUUCUCAGGAACCACGGUCCCAGCUCUUCUGAACAGCACGUCCAAUCAGCUCUGUCUCCACUUCCAGUCUGACAUUAGCGUGGCAGCCGCGGGCUUUCACCUGGAGUACAAAACGGUGGGUCUCGCUGCGUGUCAAGAACCCGUCCUUCCCAGCAACGGCAUCAAAACAGGUGAUCGGUAUAUGGUGAACGACGUCCUGUCCUUCCAGUGUGAACCGGGGUAUACCUUGCAGGGCCGCUCCCACAUUUCUUGUAUGCCGGGAACCGUUCGCCGCUGGAACUACCCGUCUCCCCUGUGCAUCGCAACCUGCGGAGGGACACUGAGCAGCAUGGGGGGAGUGAUCUUGAGCCCAGGGUUUCCGGGCGCGUACCCCAACAACCUGGAUUGCACCUGGAAAAUCCAGCUACCUGUUGGCUAUGGUGCACAUAUUCAAUUUCUGAAUUUUUCUACCGAAGCUAAUCACGACUACCUUGAAAUUCAGAACGGACCCCACCACGGCAGCCCCAUGAUCGGGCAGUUCAGUGGCACAGAACCCCCCUCCUCCCUGCUCAGUACGACACAUGAAACGCUCAUCCACUUUUACAGCGACCAUUCCCAGAACCGGCAAGGGUUUAAACUCACUUACCAAGCCUAUGAGUUACAGAACUGCCCGGACCCACCUCCUUUUCAGAAUGGUUAUAUGAUCAACUCGGACUAUAGUGUGGGACAGUCCAUAUCCUUUGAGUGCUACCCUGGGUACAUUUUAAUCGGCCACCCAGUCCUCACCUGUCAGCACGGGAUCGACCGAGACUGGAAUUAUCCUUUUCCGAGAUGUGACGCGCCUUGCGGAUAUAAUGUAACAUCUCAGAACGGUACCAUUUAUUCCCCUGGAUUUCCCGAUGAGUACCCAAUUUUGAAGGACUGCUUCUGGCUUAUCACUGUACCUCCUGGCCACGGGGUCUACAUCAACUUCACCUUGCUGCAGACUGAAGCUGUUAACGAUUACAUUGCUGUUUGGGAUGGGCCUGAUCAGAACUCACCUCAGCUGGGAGUUUUCAGUGGGAAUACAGCCCUGGAAACCGCGUAUAGCUCCACCAACCAAGUCCUGCUCAAGUUCCACAGCGACUUUUCAAAUGGAGGCUUCUUUGUUCUCAAUUUUCACGCAUUUCAGCUCAAGAAAUGCCAACCUCCCCCGGCCGUUCCACAGGCAGAAAUGCUCACUGAGGAUGAAGAUUUUGAAAUAGGGGAUUUUGUGAAGUACCAGUGCCACCCUGGGUACACGCUGGUAGGGACUGACACGCUGGCCUGCAGGCUCAGUUCCCAGCUGCAGUUUGAAGGCUCUCCCCCAACGUGUGAAGGUUCUUCUGGCCAAAGUCCUCUGUUAGUGGUCUUAAGUGGGAACCACACUGAACAAUCCAAUUUUACAAGCAGGAGUAAUCAGUUGUAUCUCCGCUGGUCCACCGAUCAUGCAACCAGUAAGAAAGGAUUCAAGAUUCGAUACACAGCACCCUACUGCAGCCUGACCCACACUCCGAAGAAUGGAGGCAUUUUCAACAGGACCACGGGGGUGGUUGGAAGUCAAGUGCAUUAUUUUUGCAAGCCUGGGUAUCGCAUGAUCGGCCACAGCAACGCGACCUGUAGACGGAACCCAGUUGGCAUGUAUCAGUGGGAUUCUCUCGCCCCGCUCUGCCAGGCCGUGUCCUGUGGAAUCCCCGAGUCCCCAGGAAAUGGUUCCUUUACGGGCAACGAGUUCACGCUGGAUAGUAAAGUGAUCUAUGAAUGUAAUGAGGGCUUUAAGCUGGAAGCAGGCCAACAAGCAGCGGCCGUAUGUCGGGAAGAUGGACUGUGGAAUAACACGGGGAAGCCUCCUGCGUGUACACCGGUGAUUUGUCCUGGCAUCGAAGCUCAGCUCCCGGAGCACGUCACCUGGAGACUGGUUUCGGGGUCACUGAACGAGUAUGGAGCUCAGGUCGUGCUGAGCUGCAGUCCUGGCUAUUACCUGGAGGGCCAGAGGCUGGCACAGUGCCAAGCCAAUGGAACGUGGAGCCUAGGCGACGAGAGACCCAGAUGUCGAGUGAUCUCGUGUGGAAGCCUCUCCUUUCCGCCAAACGGUAACAAGAUUGGCACGCUCACAGUUUAUGGGGCCACAGCUAUAUUUACGUGCAACACGGGCUACACCCUGGUGGGGUCUCACGUCAGAGAAUGCUUAGCAAAUGGACUCUGGAGUGGCUCCGAAACUCGCUGUCUGGCUGGCCACUGCGGUUCCCCAGACCCAAUCGUGAACGGUCACAUCAGCGGAGACGGCUUCAGCUACCGGGACACUGUGGUUUAUCAGUGCAAUCCUGGCUUCAGGCUGGUUGGAACUUCCGUUCGAAUCUGCCUGCAAGACCACAGGUGGUCCGGACAGACCCCCGUCUGUGUCCCCAUCACCUGCGGCCACCCCGGGAACCCUGCCCACGGCUUCACCAACGGCAGCGAGUUCAACCUGAACGACGUCGUGAACUUCACCUGCAACACGGGCUAUCUGCUGCAGGGCGCCUCUCGGGCCCAGUGUCGGAGCAACGGCCAGUGGAGUAGCGCCCUGCCCACGUGUCGAGUGGUGAACUGCUCAGAUCCAGGCUUUGUGGAAAACGCCAUUCGUCACGGGCAACAGAAUUUCCCUGAGAGUUUCGAAUACGGAAUGAGUAUCAUGUAUCAUUGCAAGAAGGGAUUCUACCUGUUGGGAUCUUCUGCCUUAACCUGUACGGCGAAUGGCUUAUGGGAUCGGUCUUUACCCAAGUGUUUGACUAUAUCCUGUGGACACCCAGGGGUUCCUGCCAAUGCUAUCCUAACUGGAGAACUGUUUACAUAUGGUGCCGUAGUUCACUACGCGUGCAAAGGGAGCCGGAAUCUUGUAGGCAACGGCACUAGAGUGUGUCAAGAGGAUAGUCACUGGAGUGGGGCACUACCCCACUGUACAGGAAAUGAUCCUGGAUUUUGUGGGGAUCCGGGGACCCCAGCCCAUGGAUCCCGGCUUGGAGAUGAACUCAAGGCCAAGAGCCUUCUCCGUUUCUCCUGUGAGAUGGGUUAUCAGCUGAGGGGCUCUCCUGAGCGGACGUGUUUGCUCAAUGGCUCGUGGUCAGGACUGCAGCCCGUCUGUGAAGCCGUGUCCUGUGGGAAUCCUGGCACGCCCACCAACGGCAUGAUUGUCAGCAGUGACGGCGUCCUGUUCUCCAGCUCGGUCAUCUACGCCUGUUGGGAAGGCUACAAGACCUCGGGGUUAAUGAUUCGGCACUGCACAGCCAACGGGACCUGGACCGGCACAGCCCCCGACUGUACAAUUAUAAGCUGUGGGGACCCAGGUACACUGGCCAAUGGCAUCCAGUUUGGGACGGAUUUCACCUUCAAUAAGACUGUAAGCUAUCAGUGUGACCCUGGCUAUCUCCUGGAACCUGUCACAUCAUCCACCAUCCGUUGUACCAAAGACAGUACAUGGAAUAACAGCAAACCCACCUGCAAAGCUGUCACGUGUGGCCAGCCUCCUCAAGUACAGCACGGGAAGGUGGAGGGAGCAGAUUUCCACUGGGGGUCCAGCAUCAGUUACAGCUGCGUGGACGGCUUCCAGCCCUCUCACUCCGCCAUCCUCUCCUGCGAAGGCCGUGGGGUGUGGAAAGGGGAGGUGCCCCAGUGCCUACCUGUGUUCUGCGGAGACCCCGGCACCCCCGCGGAGGGGCGGCUCAGUGGCAAAAGCUUCACCUAUAAAUCUGAAGUCUUCUUCCAGUGCAAACCUCCCUUCAUACUGGUGGGGUCCUCGAGAAGAACCUGCCAGGCCGACGGCACGUGGAGCGGCACCCAGCCCACCUGCAUCGAUCCAGCUCAUAACAGCUGCCCAGACCCCGGCACUCCACACUUUGGAAUACAGAAUAGCUCCAGAGGAUAUGAGGUUGGAAGCACCGUGUUUUUCAGGUGCAGAAAAGGUUACCACAUCCAAGGUUCUACGACUCGGACUUGCCUGGCAAAUUUAACUUGGAGUGGAAUACAGACAGAAUGUAUACCCCACGCCUGCAGACAGCCAGAAACGCCAGCCCACGCGGACGUGAGAGCGAUAGACCUCCCCACCUUCGGUUACACCUUGGUGUACACCUGCCAUCCGGGGUUCUUCCUCGCGGCCGGGUCUGAGCACAGGACGUGCAAAGCAGAUAUGAGGUGGACGGGAAAAUCGCCUGUCUGUAAAAUUCCUUCAGAUGUAUUUUUUAUCAAUUCAGUGUGGAAGGGAUAUUAUGAAUAUUUAGGGAAAAGACAACCUGCAACUCUAACAGUUGACUGGUUCAACGCAACAAGUAGUAAGGUGAACGCGACCUUCCUCGAAGCCUCGCAGGUGGAGCUGAAAUUGACAGGUGUUUACAAGAAGGAAGAAGCUCACUUACUUCUGAAGGCUUUCCAAAUUAAAGGUCCCGCAGACAUUUUUGUAAGCAAGUUUGAAAAUGACAACUGGGGACUAGAUGGCUAUGUGUCAUCAGGACUUGAAAGGGGAGGAUUUACUUUUCAAGGUGACAUUCAUGGAAAAGACUUCGGAAAAUUCAAGCUGGAAAGGCAAGAUCCCUUAAACUCGGACCAAGACCCUUCAAAUCAUUACCACGGCACUAGCAGUGGCUCGGUCGCGGCUGCGAUUCUCGUUCCGUUCUUUGCCCUGAUUUUGUCCGGAUUUGCGUUUUACCUCUACAAACACAGAACGAGACCAAAAGUUCAAUACAACGGCUAUGCCGGACAUGAAAACAGCAAUGGACAAGCUUCAUUUGAAAACCCCAUGUAUGAUACAAACUUAAAACCCACAGAGGCAAAGGCUGUGCGGUUUGACACAACUCUGAACACAGUGUGCACAGUGGUAUAGCCCUCAGUGCCCCAUUAGGACUGAUUCAUAGCCAUACCUCUGUUGGACAAGCAGUAACUCCUUUGGUGCCAUAUACCACUCUCCCUUCUAGUCUUGGCUUCGCUGCGGUGAUCUUUCACAUCUUCUGCUGGCGUCCGUGUGGCGGGAAUCUCCAGUCACGUGCGCCAGAGUCUCCUGAGGAUCGGGUGACACAGAGACCUGCAUUCUGAACGUGGAUUCUCCAUGCCUGGCUUCAUCUGCUCGGGAUCAAGGCACACUCAAGGAAGACUGCCGAGUCACGCCAAUACUUUGUACUUAAUGCCUCAGACUUUCGUAUUUCUGUGUGGCUGGGAUGCCUUUCAAUGCAAUCUUCUGGGCACGUGGAUACAUCCCCUGGGUGCGGUGAUAAAAUGAUAGCACCACAAUAUGUUGUUUUGUUUUUUUAAC